CUUCGUUGCUGGAACCCAAGGCUUGUCAAAGGGAUAGUCUGAUUGAGGGUAUACGCGGGCGGUUGGUACAAGACAUCAACCGUGGAGGUGCUCCUUUCAGCCAAUCACGUGGUGUAGGCCCACGGUCAUUAGUUCCCCCGACCUCCGUGCCUGUCCUCUGAUGCUGCGAAAUAUCAGCCAGCAACGACUUGACGAGAUUUGCAAUAACGACCCCACCGAGCGAACGACUUUUCCUCGAACUCAGCAACGGGAACUACCUCUCUAUAAUCGCUGUCCUGCCGCUCGACUGAUUCUCCCAAAGCGCCUCCGGUGGGGUCCUUGAGGCCACCACAAUGACUUCGUUAAAGCAAUUCAUUCGGAAUGUGCGCGCGGCAAAGACGAUAGCAGACGAGCGGGCUGUGGUCCAGAAGGAGAGUGCUGCCAUCCGGGCAAGCUUCAGGGAGGAGAGCGGAGAUCACAGCGUGAGGAGAAACAAUGUCGCAAAGCUCUUAUAUCUCUUCACCCUCGGUGAGAGGACACAUUUCGGCCAGAUCGAAUGUCUGAAGCUGCUGGCAUCUCCGCGGUUUGCGGACAAGCGGUUGGGCUAUCUAGGGACAAUGCUGCUCUUAGACGAGAACCAGGAAGUUCUGACACUAGUCACAAACUCGCUCAAAAACGACCUCAAUCAUCCGAACCAGUACAUCGUCGGCCUCGCUCUCUGCACGCUUGGAAACAUUGCCUCAGUCGAGAUGUCACGAGACCUGUUCCCCGAAGUCGAAACCAUUAUCUCCAGCGCAAACCCGUAUAUACGUCGAAAGGCGGCUCUUUGCGCCAUGAGAAUAUGCAGGAAGGUGCCAGAUUUGCAGGAGCACUUCCUGGAAAAGGCCAAAGUGCUUCUCCAAGACCGAAAUCAUGGCGUGCUGCUGUGCGGGCUGACACUGGUUACCAGUUUGUGUGAAGCGGACGAGGCAGAAGAUGGUGAAAAUGGUAUUGCGGAUAUGUUCCGUCCUAUUGUUCCAAGUCUGGUCAAGAUACUGAAGGGCCUCUCAUCGUCCGGCUAUGCCCCUGAGCACGAUGUGACGGGCAUAACUGAUCCCUUCUUACAAGUCAAAAUCCUACAGCUUCUCCGGGUUCUGGGACGGGGAGACCCCCAGGUUAGCGAACAGAUAAACGAUAUCUUGGCACAAGUCGCAACUAACACCGAUUCGUCUAAAAACGUCGGAAACUCGAUUUUAUACGAAGCGGUUCUCACCAUUCUCGACAUUGAAGCGGACUCUGGCCUUCGUGUGCUAGGCGUGAACAUUCUUGGAAAGUUCUUGUCAAACCGGGACAACAACAUCCGAUAUGUUGCAUUGAACACUCUGAUCAAAGUUGUUGCGGUUGAACCGAAUGCCGUGCAGAGACAUCGCAACACCAUCCUUGACUGCCUUCGGGAUCCUGACAUCAGUAUUCGGCGGCGAGCACUCGACCUAAGUUUCACUUUGAUCAAUGAGAGCAAUGUGCGAGUAUUAAUUCGGGAGCUGCUUGCCUUCCUCGAGGUCGCAGACAAUGAGUUUAAGCCUGUAAUGACAUCUCAGAUCGGUAUUGCCGCCGACCGGUUUGCUCCAAAUAAAAGGUGGCACGUCGACACCAUGCUGCGUGUUUUGAAGCUGGCUGGGAACUAUGUCAAGGAACAGAUUCUGUCUUCUUUCGUCCGCUUAAUUGCUACCACUCCCGACUUGCAGACCUAUUCCGCUCAAAAGCUCUACGCUGCUCUGAAAGACGACAUCACACAGGAGGGCCUCACCCUUGCUGGUUCAUGGGUGAUUGGGGAAUAUGGAGAUGCUCUACUAAGAGGCGGCCAGUACGAAGAGGAGGAAUUGGUGAAAGAAGUCAAACAGAGCGACCUCGUUGAUCUGUUUGAGUCCAUACUUAGCAGUAGCUAUGCGGGGCAGAUCGUCACACAGUAUAUUGUCACAGCAGCAAUGAAGCUCACAACCCGACUGAACGACCCGGCACAGAUAGAACGGCUCAGGCGACUGCUUCAGCGAUACUCAACGAAUCUCGACAUCGAGAUCCAACAGCGGGCCGUCGAAUAUGGAAAUCUCUUUGGUGCCGACCAGAUCCGGAAAGGUGUAUUCGAAAAGAUGCCACCGCCUGAGAUUCGCGAAGAGCAGCGAGUACUCGGCGAGGCAACCAAGAAGCGACAUUCCAAGGCUCCAAAGAAGAAAUCGGCACCAGCGGCUACGGAAGACCUCUUGCUUGAUCUCAUGGGUGACUCUGCAGUUCCAGGUCCGGACGCUAGUGCUACCACCAACGGCUCUCAGGCGCAAAGUGCUGAUUUACUAGCGGAUAUCCUUGGUGGUGGCCCAUCUACCUCUUCACUUCCUCAGAGGACCUCGCCUGUACCUUCGAAUGUUAACUCUAUAAUGGACCUCUUCAACACUGGUGCCACUGCUUCCCCAGCGCCUACGCAAUCUCAGCCACCGGCAGGAGCCCCAGCAUCUAUGGAUUUCUUCGGCGGCAUGUCCUCUCCCCCUCCUCAAACGUCAACUCCCCCUGUAGCGUCAGGCCCACCAGCCCAUCCCGCAUACGACAAGAACGACCUGAAUAUCACUUUCCAACUUAAGCGUGACGCGAAUGCCAUCCAAGUCCUCGCCCGCUUCCGGAAUACCGGCAGUUUUUCGACCCUUGGAAGUGUGAGCUUACAAGCAGCGGUACCUAAGAGUCAAAAGCUACAGCUUCAACCUAUCACCCAGUCCGAGCUAGGCGGCGGCCAGGAGGCAACCCAACAGAUGCGGAUUACAGCUAUCAAUGGGCCACCUCCUGCGCGGUUGAGGUUGAGACUCAAGGUUGCAUAUUCAGCGGGAGGAAGCCCGGUCUCAGAGCAGGUGGAUUGGUCCGAGCCGACGUAAAGGGACGUCAUCAAUGAGAUGAGAGCGUGCUGUCCUCGGGCUCUGAGUGACAAGGGGUUUGAAUGAAGUUUACACACAGCAUGCUGACCAUUUGGGCGUAUUUUAGUGAACUGUGUCUACAGCGUAAGAAUACAUCAGGCUAGCGGCUUUGACUCAGCGAGCAUUUGGCUGCAGACUUUUUUUUUUCCCACUUGGAUAUGAUACUUCGGCCUGAUCUAUCUAUUCUUCGGAAUUGAUAGCGAUUUGCAUGUCCCAUCCACACAAUGUAUUCAUUCCUUCCCCACUAACUCAACCUGAUGUCGGGAGGCUGGGUUCACCAGGUUCGGGGUUGGAGCUGAGAAUCAAGCUGGGCA